UCUGCAGACUGGUUGCCCUCUAAGAAGCAACAGCAGUAAACCCAGAGGUCAGCUCUCCUUUCAGCUGUCUGUAAAUUUAGACUCUCUGAGCUCUUGUCAGAGUGGGAACCAGACAACUGGGGACAAACCGGAGGAGACAUGGAGCCCAGACACAGUCCCGGCCGUUGCUUUGGAAGCUGUGCUAGAUGCGGUGAAGCAGUGUACGCCGUUGGAGGAGCCUGCAAGGCGAUGGGACAGUUAUUCCACAACAAAUGCUUCACCUGCAGCACUUGUAACAAACAGCUCAAAGGACAGCCAUUUUUCACAGUGUCGGGUCACAUCUACUGUGAAGAUGAUUUUUUGUUCGCUGGAGUUCAUCCGUCUGAAGAAGUGUGUCACAGCUGUGGGAGUCCAAUCCCAGAUUUGGUACUGCAGGCUCGGGGAAAAUCGUACCACCCAACCUGUUUUCGCUGUGUGGUCUGCCGCCAGGAGCUGCAGGGUCAGCCCUUCGCUGUGGACUCAGACUGCAGGGUUUACUGUGUCACCGACUAUCACAGGGUCCGGUCUCCCCUUUGUGGCGCCUGCAUGAUGCCGAUACUACCGACAGAGGGAUCUGCAGAGUCAAUUCGAGUGGCAUCAUGUAACAAGUAUUAUCAUGUCGAGUGUUACAGUGGAGAGGUUGACCUUAUUUAAAGCAGAUAGGUUUAUCACUGUGACAUUUUACACAAUGUGCUAUGCAAAUAAAUCUUUAGUUUCCUCAUUU